AUGCCUCCCAAGGCUGACACCGAAAGCCUCUUCACAAGCGAGGCUUUUGCUGCCCAGUACAAAUCUGCCGAGCAAUUUACCGGUACAUUUGGCCACUCACUCAUUGAACAGAGCAAGCUAGUUUAUGAUGCAAAGGCUAGACCAAGUCAUCCUCUCGUUGUUCUCGACAAUGCCUGUGGCACAGGCAUCAUUUCCUGUCUUCUGAAUGAAAAGUUGGAUAUUUCUAUCAAACAGAACUGGAAACUGACCUGUGGAGAUAUCUCGAAGCCACUACUUGAAUACACUGCCCGUCGUAUGAAAGAGGAAGGCUGGCAGAAUGCUGAGACAAAGGUCGUGAAUGCGCAAGAGACUGGCCUUCCUAGUGAUCACUUCACUCAUGUGUUUUCUGCUUUCGUUCUCAUGGCGAUUCCCAAACCCUUCGAUGCUCUUGAUGAAACUGUUCGAAUCUUGCAGCCUGGGGGAACGACCGCCUUCUCGACCUGGAUAGAGCCCGGUUGGGUUCCAAUCGCACGCAAAGCAGUUGCAACUAUACCCGGAAAUUUGCCAUUUCCAACGACGCAAGAAUUUCUCAACAACACAGGCGAUGGAGAAUGGAACUCGGUUCCCUGGAUCGAGUUCCAACUCAAAGAGCGUGGGCUAGAGGACAUCAAUGUCCACGAAGAAUCGAGGAACAUUGGCGUGCCGUCGUCCCGCUUUACGGAUAUCACCAUUAUGAUGGUGGGCCUAAUCGUCAAAUCGUUCUGGACGGAGGAGCAACGCGAGGCAAAUGCCGACAAAGUUCGUCCAGCAUUGGAGAAGUAUGUAUUAGAUACUUACGGCGAGAAUGGGGAUGUUGAGACGAAGUGGAUUGCUAUUAUCUCUACUGCACGCAAGCCUCAGUAG